AUGGUUGCGUUAAAAAACGUCAACUUGCCAAAGUGGAGCAAGUUUGAGCUGCAUCCGCUGCUGAUGCAAUCGCUUCAGACUUGUGGAUUUACAGCUCCUACGCGCAUUCAGGAGCGUACUUUGUUACCGGCGUUGGUGGACAAUCGUGAUGUGGUAGGUGCGGCGCCUACGGGUUCCGGUAAGACGCUGGCUUUUGGAAUUCCGAUCUUGAGCCAGUUGCUGUAUGAGCGUGAGCAACCGGGAUACACGAAGGAUUGCAAGGCAUUGAUUCUGACGCCGACGCGCGAACUUGCUCUUCAAAUUCAACAACAUUUAGAAAAAAUGAUGCAUCAUCGCGAAAUCGGAGUGGUCACACUGGUAGGUGGUAUGGCCGUGCAGAAGCAAAAGCGAAUUCUUAGUUACAGGCCUGAGAUUGUGAUCGGUACGCCAGGCCGGCUAUGGGAUAUCAUUGAGACUAACAAUGAACAUAUGAAGGAUAUAGCCUCAACGCUACGCUUUCUGGUCGUGGAUGAGGCAGACCGUAUGCUACAGCCUGGAUCGUACCCGGAACUGGAAAAGGUCUUCGAUGCGCUGCGUCGCAAGAGCAACGCUGCAGCUUCGAAACUUGGAAAAGUAUUGGAUAAUGAGAAGGAGGAUGGUAAAAUUACUGGGAAUGAAAAUGAUGCCGACAACGAUGAUGAGGAUAUUAACAUGGCUAAAUUUGUGAGCGGCACAAACGUCGUGAUGCUUGACGAUGUGCUCAAGAUGCAGCGUACACAGCAAGAUGAAGACAAGAGGAGUGCUGCUGCAGAGGGAACAGCGAAGCCUAGUAAGGACAAGGCUCAGAUGGAAGCAGCUCCGCGUCACGUACGUCAGACGUUCCUGUUUUCGGCUACGCUGACGAUUCCUGAGGGUGGUCGCUUCCAGAAAAACAAGACUACGAAGCAUCGUAAUGCACUAAGCGUACUGGAGCGAGUCAUGAAGCGUGUUGGCCUCCGUGGAAAGCCUGCAGUCGUCGAUCUCGGUAUAGCGGAGCCUGAGGUAGACUUUCCUGGUGCGAAGCCGAUUGUGUCCGAAGAAGCUCAACGAAAGCUGAAGAAACAGCAAGAAAACAUGGAAUUGUCGUUGCCUGCGGGUUUGGAGCUUUGUCAGCACGAAGUGACGGAGUCUACCCGUGACAGCUUCUUGUACUACUUCCUCACGCAAUACCCGGGUCGAACUAUCAUCUUCUUGAACGCCAUUCACCAGGUACGAAAACUUGCUAGCCUGUUGAAUCUGUUGGAUCUUCCGGUGUUUGCCUUGCACGCUGAGAUGCAACAACGUCAGCGAUUGAAGAAGCUGGACGGCUUUCGUGCGCACGCAAAGGGUAUUUUGGUGGCGACCGACGUUGCUGCUCGUGGUUUGGAUAUUCCUAGCGUUGACUACGUUGUGCAUUACCAUAUUGCAUGUUCUACGGAGGUUUUUGUGCACCGCAGCGGUCGUACUGCCCGUGCUAACAAGGAUGGUCUGAGUAUUGCUCUAGUGUCGCCCGCCGAUGCCAAAAACCACGCACAAAUUUGCAAAAUGUUGCAGCGACCUACUGGGCUGUCGGACUUUCCAUUCGAUCAUCGGUAUAUGGAAGCAAUUGAUGAACGCAUGCGUCUUGCCAAGAGCAUCAACGAGCAGGAAAAUGCUGCGGGUAAACUAAAGUCGGAAGUGGCUUGGUUUGAGCAGAUGGCUGCGGCUGCUGACUUGGACUUGGACGACGACUUGCUGUUCGAAUUAGGUGCAAAGCAGCGAAAUGAAGAAGGCAAGAAGACUACACAAAAUCAGUCAGUGCAGCCGCUCCGUGCUCAGCUCAAGAGGUUGCUUGCAGGACCACUACGUCCCGUUGGUUCUGCUCGUAAAUUCCGCCAGCUGCAUAUGGAGCUCGGGUCGCAAAUUAAUGUUGAUGGAGAAUAUCGAACGCGUGAUGCAAGUGAAGACCUUGUGCUAAAGGGGAAAAAAAGCAUACAAGCAUUUUCGUCGAAGGAAAUAGACAACUGCAGGUUAUAG